AGGGUGGCUCCGCGGAGAAACUGAGUCACAUUCCCGGGACAAAGGAGGAGGCAGGCGGGUCAGCGGGCCAAGAGAGCAUUCGGCGGGGUGCCGACCUUAGGGCGGGCGGAUCAGACACGUGUAUACCGCCGACCUGUCACUCAGGCCUUAGGAGGCGGGGCCUGGGGGAAUCUGCCCAAUCUGGCACCACAGGGGCGGUGCCGGGAUUACCUUCCAAUCAGAAAGUGAAGAGCCUCAGGCUGUCCUAUCAUAGUGCGGCAGUGUAGUGUCUCGGAGAACUGUCCAAUCAGGGUCGUGGGGAGUUAUUGUCGGAACACCAUCCAAUCAGGCCGCAUUGCCUGAAGCAACGCCCAAUCACUGCUUGGGGGCGCGUAGCGCGGUGCAUUUAUAUUACCGGGUCCGGAAACACUCCAAUCAGGCCCGGGUGGGUGGGGGAUGGGGUGAUGUGAUCCCGCCCGGUGAGUGUGAGCUCUGAGUCGCGGCUGCGGGGGUGCGCCGGUCCCGCGCUCACCCACUUUUCCUGUCCGCGAGCUCGUGUGUCGGAGGGGGUCGCCGUGUAGCGGGAUCGAGGGGAGGACGCCCACAGAGCUCCGAGUACGGCCGCGAGAUGGACUCUGUGGUCUUUGUGGAUGUGGCUGUGAACUUCACCCCGGAAGAGUGGGCUUUGCUGGAUAGCGGUCAGAGGAACCUGUACAGAGAUGUGAUGCUGGAGACGUGCAAGAACCUGGCCUCAGUGGAUUAUUGCAUUCGAGUUAAUACCAGCGGGUCAAGUCCUCAGUGGGAUGUUUUGGAGGAUGAACCAUCUCAUGAUGAAAAAUUCGUAAGAUUUGCAAGAAAUAAUUCCUGGUCUGUUUUUGGAGAAAACCAGACAUUUCAUAGCAGAGGAGAUUACCUGCGAACCCAGGAAAGGCAUUUUAGAAGCCCUUUGGUGGAAGGGGUCUGCGAACGUUCUGACGGUGAUCAACGUGGAGAAGCCCUGAACCCAGUUACAAGUCUCACUGUGCGUGAUGGGUAUCCUACUGGAGGCAGACCCUGUCAGUGCACUAAGUGUAGAGAAGCCUUCACAGACAGCUUUAUGCUCGGGAACAUGCGAAGACCUCACGCAGGACUCCGACCUGGUGGCUGUGAGGAGUGCGGGCUGGCCUGCAGCUGCGCCCCGAGCCUCACCACUCACACGGACACAGACCUCGCAGAGAAAUCCGGUGAAGGUCAGGACGCCGGGAGGGCUUCUCAGUCGUACGCGAAGAGUCUCCGUAGUAAAAUAUCUCUGGAGUGCAAGAAAUGUAGAAAAGCCUUCAUUUGCACGUCUUCCUUUCAGGGUCCCGUUCGAGGUCCCUGUGGGCAGAGCGUCCACGCGUGUGGCGUGUGUGGGAAAGCCUUUUUGUUUCAGUGCCGUCUGACGUGUCAGGUGAGAACUCAGGCCGGGGAGAGAGCCGGUGAUUUUAUAGACUUCGGGAAAAUCUACAGCUGCCUCUCCUACCCUCAAGGCCCCACAAGUAAUCCAACAGGGCAAAGAGUUUUUGAAUGUGGGCUCUGCGGGAAAGCCUUCACUCGGCGGACCUACCUUCAGAGUCACGUGAGAACGCACACCGGGGGGAAACCCUAUAAAUGUCAGGAGUGUGGGAAAGCCUUCACUCGCCGGGCCUACCUUCAGAGCCAUCUGAGAAAGCACAGCGGAGUGAAGUCUUUUAAAUGUCAGCAGUGCGGAAAAGCCUUCUAUUCGUCCUCGUACCUGCAGAUACACGCGAGAAUACACACCGGGGAGAGGCCCUGCGUCUGUCAGCAUUGUGGGAAAUCGUUCAGGUACCCGGCCAACCUGCGCGCCCACGUGAGGACGCACACCGGGGAGCGCCCCUACGAGUGUAAGGAGUGUGGGAAGACCUUCAGCCGUGUCUCCUCGUUUCGGAGGCACGGGAAAACCCACAGUUGAGUGUGCAGCCUGCGAAAGGAAGGAGUGUCGUUCCUCGUCCCUUCUGUUGUUUCACCCCCUUCGACGUGGAAGAACGCACGCUCGGAAGAGACGCUUGUACGUAGUGCGGCCGAGCUUUCAGGCAGCUCCGGCCCUUUGCAAAGGCAUUUGAGAUACACAGUCGCGGGAAACCGUAGGAAAGUAGAGAGGGUGGGGAGGCCUGGCGGGCGUACGGAGUGCGUGUGGGGAGGCACAGCGGGGAGGGACCCUCUGAAGGUCACGACCACCGUGGGAGCGCGUUCAGUUGCCACGGCCGCCUUCACGACCACGUGAAGCUACACAGCGGACGGUAAGCCGUGGAAUCUCAGGACUCUGGUAGGACCUUCCGGGGUCCCGGAGCCCUGCGGGUCCGUGUGACCACUCACCCUGGGCACUGAGGGAGCGCCUCCAGUUGUCCCUCCUCCCCCCGACGACACGUGUGAAGGAAAACGCAGUGAAGCGAAGGCCGAGAGCGUAGGAACCACGGAACGGCCUCCGGGCGUCCCAGGGACUUGUGAGCACACGCACGGGGGACUGACCCUGAGCACAGCGCCUGCGGCACAGCCUUCGUUCUCCCCUAACGGUCGUGUUUUAAAUGGGAGCAGACACGGUGCAGAGGAAUCUUCUCAGUGGGGAAAAUGUCGGGAAAACUUGAAGUGUAGUACUUCCCGCUUUUUGUGCACGGAAGGUCAGGUAGGGCCGGAAUCUUCUAGCUGUUGCGAAUGUGGAUUUGUCUUUGCAAAUGCCUCCUGGGACCCGAGUGCGUUAAUUCCAGUGCAUGCCUGAGAAGCAUCCCGCUGUGUCCUCCUCACCUGUGUGACACGAUUUUGUUAUCUCAGAUUUGAACAUCACCCACAGUUCUAGAAAACGU